AUGGAUAGCGAGGACGUCCGGCUUUCAAGCGAAUACUCUACAGAGGAAAACAACACAGAGAUUGUCAGCAUGUCCAAUGCCGAAGUGAGAAUCUCAAGUUCAGAUCGUAAAACCCUUCCCAGAAUGACCAAAUAUGAGAAGGCGCACGUAAUCGGAGUACGUGCAUCUCAGCUCAGUGCAGGAGCUCCUCCAUUUGUAGACAUAGGAAAUGAAAGUAAUCCACUCGCCAUUGCCAACAUGGAGCUAAAUGAAAAAAAGAUUCCAUUUAUCAUACGGAGAAGACUUCCAGAUAACAGCUUCGAAGAUUGGGCAAUCGACGAGCUGAUGAUACCUGGAGUUGACUUUCAAUAG